AUGAUUAGGUCUACACUAAGUAGUUGGAGGGAAUAUCUUACUCCUAUAACACAUACGUCGACCUUUUUAACCACCGGUCAAAUAACUCCGGAAGAAUUUGUACAAGCUGGUGAUUAUUUAUGUCACAUGUUCCCCACUUGGAAGUGGAAUGAUGAAUCUUCAGAUAUUAGUUAUAGAGAUUUUUUACCUAAGAAUAGGCAGUUUCUGAUCAUCCGAAAGGUACCCUGUGAUAAACGUGCUGAGCAGUGUGUCGAAGUUCAAGGGCCAGACGUGGUCAUGAAAGGUUUUGCAGAAGAUGGGGAUGAGGAUGACGUUCUUGAAUACAUAGGUUCUGAAUCAGAUCAUUUGCAAAGUGCUCUACAUGGUGAAACCAAGGGUGUGCCUAUCGAUGAUAUUGAUGAACUAAUACAGGACAUGGAAAUUAAAGAUGAGGAUGAAAAUGAGAACGCAGAAGAACUUAAUGCUAAAAGUACCUUAACCAAAGAUAAUGCCCAGGAAAGGUACUAUGACCUUUAUAUUGCUUAUUCAACCUCCUAUAGGGUCCCUAAGAUGUAUAUAGUGGGCUUCAACGCGAAUGGUUCGCCACUCAGCCCUGAACAGAUGUUUGAGGAUAUAUCAGCAGAUUAUAGAACAAAAACAGCCACUAUUGAAAAACUACCUUUUUACAAAAAUUCAGUACUAUCCGUUUCCAUUCAUCCAUGUAAGCAUGCUAACGUGAUGAAAAUACUCCUGGAUAAAGUUCGUGUGGUUAGGCAACGAAGAAGGAAAGAGCAGCAAGAAGAACAAGAACUGGAGGGUGCUGGAGAUUGGGAAGAUUUACAAGACGAUAUCGAUGAUUCGUUACGUGUGGACCAAUACCUAAUAGUUUUCUUAAAGUUUAUUACCAGUGUUACACCAAGUAUUCAGCACGAUUAUACCAUGGAAGGUUGGUAA